AUGCUUUUUUUUUUUACGUUCCAUGAAAAUUAAUUUAAUUUGUAUGGAUUCUUAUAACCACAAUUGUUCGGCAGAUCGAAAAUCAACUUGUACUUCAUCAAAAUUGAUUUUCUUUUUAAUAAUUGUAUCUCUAAUAAAUUUUACUGUUACUAAAAAACAAACAAAAAAUAUGUCCAUCAAUCCCAUUAUAAUAUCUUCGUCGGUUAAGCAGACUGCUACUGUAAUAUUUUUGCAUGGACUUGGAGAUUCAGGAAAUGGCUGGGCUGAAGCUAUGUCACAAAUAAGACAACCUUAUAUGAAGGUGAUAUGUCCUUCAGCAAAUCAAAUGCCAGUAUCCCUAAAUCAAGGAUUUUGUAUGCCAUCAUGGUUUGAUUUGUUCACUUUAGAUGAAUCUGGUCCAGAAGAUGAGCCUGGUAUUAAAGAAGCUGCAAAACUAGUUCACAAUAUCAUUGAUCGUGAAAUUGAAUCUACUAACAUUCCAUCAAAUCGUAUAGCACUUGGUGGUUUUUCACAAGGUGGAGCUUUAGCCUUAUACUCUGCUUUUACUUAUAAGAAGCCAUUAGCUGGUGUAAUGGCUUUGUCAUGUUGGAUACCGCUUCAUAAAUCAUUCCCAGAAGCAGCAGUAGGAAACAAAAAUAUUCCUAUCAUCCAAUGUCAUGGUGACUGUGAUCCAAUUGUACCACUUAAAUGGGGACAAUUAUCAGCAUCUAUUUUGAAGUCUUUUGCUAAAAAUACUGAACUAAAAACCUACAGAGGCUUGAUGCAUAGCUCAUCUGAUGCGGAAUUAAAGGAUAUUAAAAAGUUUUUGGAAACUGUUCUCCCUUCUAUCUAAUUUUUUAUACAUAUAUUGGUUAAUUUAAAAUACGCAUAGUUGAAAUUUUGUCUAUAAUUUAACUCUAUAGAAUAAUAGAUUUAUUGUUUUGUGAUUAAAUUUUAUAGUUAAUAAUGUCUUAUAAUAUGUGUAUAUAAUAAUAAAUCAUGACAUAUUACAAAUGCA